CUAAUUAAAAAGAUAACUGUCAAUUAUCAAAUGAGAUAAUUCUUUCAGUGAGUGACCUGAAUUUUCUUUUAGCUAUUUGUAGGUUUAUACUAGAUAUAUACUUAAUGUAUGUCAACUCUCUGCAGAUCUCACUGUAUAAACUAUUGUUUAUGAUUAUUAUGAUAACCUAGUAUCACAUUGUUAUAUGAUAAAAGACUAUAUUUAGAAUUGUUACUAAAUAGAAUAAAGCCAAUAUUAAAUAGUCUAUUGUAAAGCAUAACUGGCCAAGGAAUAAAUAUUUAAACUUCAGAUUAACAAUGCAAAAUGGAAAUUAAUUGGAUAUUGUGAAUUAAUGUACAAGGAACUUAAAGAAAAUAGCAUGAAGUUUAUUCAAGAGUUCAACUCUGGGCAGAGAUAAAGAAAUAACAAAGAUUUUAGUUUCUAACAUACACCAUUAACAAUGUCAGAAGAAUCAAAUCUUCUCAUACAGAAUAAAGAUGAACAGGAAAAUGAAAGAAAAAUCAAAUGGAAAUAUGUUACAAUUAUACCUUCAAAUUUCUUUAUCUUCAUAGGAGCCUUUAUUUUUAAUUAUAUUAUUACUGAAUGGACACAGAGCAAAAUUCAACAUGAAAAAUUUCCCAAUAUGACAAGUAAGAGUAACUUUGCUGCAUGUAAUGUCACCAACCAGUCUGAUCCGGUUUAUAUCAGCUAUAAAGCUGUUCAACAUGAUACUUCAAUAUGGAUGCUGUAUUAUUCAGUCGCACAACAUAUUCCUAUGUUUUGGGUCAACACACUUCUUACCAGUUACACAGACACAUAUGGACGCAAGUUUUUGUUUGUUUUAGCAAUGUUUGGAAUGUGUGUUAAACACUGUGUAAUUACAGUAGUUAUAUAUUUUAACACAUCAUUAUGGUAUGUGACAGCUAUGUAUUCUUUUGAUGGUAUACUAGGUAGUUCCUAUGCUCUCUUUGCCGUGUCAUUUUCUUAUGUAGCAGAUAUAACAUACAAGGACAAUCAUCGUGUACUAGGGGUUGUCAUUAUAGAAUCAGUGCUAAUGGUUACAGCAGUAUGUGGUAGUCUACUGUCAGGAUAUUUCAUUGAAACUUUAGGGUUUGGAUUCUUUAACACAGCUGUGAUAUGCUCAGCUUUAAUGCUGCUAGGAUUUGCUAUUACACUUUUAUUUCUUCCAGAGACUUUAAAUAAAAACAAACGCAGUCCUCCGAAAAGUUUCCUAGGUACAUGGAAGAAAAUGAUUCAGUUUUACAUCAGUGCAGACUUCAGAGGAAAACGAACCCUUUACAUUUUAUUGUUGGGUUCAUUUUUUGUUACUGAAAUUGCUAUGCUGAACAGAAGUAACAUUGAGACAUUAUAUUUCCUCGGUCAGCCAUUUUGCUGGGGACCAUCUAAGAUAGGAGUUUUUGCAACAACUAGGUACGUUGCUCUGGGUGUGGUGGGGCUUGGUUCCUUACCUCUGCUACAAAAAUUUCUAUCCAAUGAGAUUAUAGCUGUAAUAAGUGCUGUGUCUAGUGUAAUUUCAUUAAUUAUUGAAGGUUUAGCAAAAUCCAACUUGAUGAUAUACCUGGUUCCCGUCACAGGGGCAUUUUCAUUUGUUAUGGUGCCAAUUAUCCGUGGAAUGAUGUCAACAAUGACGGAACCAGACAAACAAGGUGCCAUGUUUUCAAGUGUUGCCACCAUUGAAGUUCUCAGUAGUAUAUCUGCUGCACUGUUGUUAAAUGAAAUAUAUGCUGAAACAUAUUCAUUUAUGAAUGGCUUUGUGUUUCUUGUAAUGGCAGGUUUCUGUGUAAUAACCUGUAUAUUGUUAUCAGCUGUGUAUUAUCUUAAAAAAUGUAAAAAUGGAAAUUAUGUCAAACCAGUGUAUGAAACUGUGAAGGUGAUGAACAAUCACAAUGUAAAGAAUGAUACUAGAAAUAAUGUCACAUCAUGUUAAUCUAUCCAGUCUAAAUCAUAAAAUAUUUACAUGUGUACAUACUUUAUAUAUUGAAAGAUUUACUACUUCUGUGUCGAGGAAUUAUUAAUUAUAUACUAAAAAUAUUGGAUAAUAGUUACAAACAUGCAUAAGAUGGUGCCCUUUGAGGUACCAAAGUUCUUCAUUUUUGCAACAAAUAUUUAUCUUUGAUAAUUAUGGCUCUACAUUAAAGACAAUAACAUAUACUAAGCCAAUCUGUCAUGCUUAUACAUGUAGAUGGUUGUUUGCUAAGCCGUGAGCACAUGUUCAGAUUACAAUACAAUACAAUAACAGUGGCAGCAGAAGUUCUAUACCAUGUUGCAAGAAAAUACGCUUUUUGUGCAAUUUUUUUUAUCUGUAUCAUACUACAUUAAAGUGAUCUGGGAAUAACAAUUGUUAGGUUUGAAGAUUGUUGAACAAUUAUACUGUUAACAUGCAUGUAUUGGAAGCAAUAAAAUAAGUUUAAACUAUUAUUUGUAAAACAACUUUUUAUAUUGUCAACUACUUUCCUUAGCUGUCCAUAGCCUUUAAGCACUUGUGAACUUUCAUGAUCCCAUAUGAUAUAUACAAAAGACCAAAAUAUACUAGUUACUUUGUUGUAAUCAAAGCUUUAUAGAGUUCCAUCUUCAUAGUGGUAGUUACAAACAAGAAAUGUGUUGUUGUUUUUUUUUGCUAAAUCAUGGGCCAAACCCAGCUGAUCUCAAAUGAAUUUUGUCAAAAUAUGGAAGUGCACAUGCUGGCAACUAGCUGUUACACUUUCGUGUUCCACAAAAAACAAGUGCUUCUUGUUGCUUAAUCAGGAGGCAGAACUCUGUUAACUCCAUUAAAUUUGCAUUCUUACAAUUCGCAUCUUUUUUUGCAGAAUCUUUAUCAAUUUAAAUUGGGUACCAUGGUAACUACUAGUAUAGUUUUAAAUUGAAUUACAUUGUAAUAUUGUACAAUUUGCCAUGUAUCAUUAGUUCAUUAUACAAUAAACUUCCUACUUCUA